AUGGAAUUGGACAUGCCUCUUGAUUACGCAUCAUUCCAACUCUCACCAAAACAUUCAAGAUGUGAAUUGAUUGGUUCCAGUAUUGGAAACACUGAAAAGCUUGCAUCGGGUUUAGUGAAGCCAAUUUUGACACAUUUGAAGGUUGUGGAGGAACAAGUUGGAUCCUUAGCUCAAUUCAUUAAGCUUGAAGGAUCAUCUGAUCAACUAUCGAAUAACAUAGGUGAUGGUAGAUCAAGCACAACAACUAGGGCUGAUGCAAUAAAGAAGGAGCUUUUGAGGGAAAUUGAUGUAAGGCCGAUAGCUAUGAAGCAGGAUUUGAAUACAACUUGUGCUCGUGCCACUGCUGCUAGUUUUAACCAUGACCCAGUAGCUAACCUCCAGUUGUUUGCAGAGAGAUUUGGUGCCACUCGCCUAAAGAUCUUCGCAAAUAAGGUGGUGUUCUUUGAUUGGUUCAAGAUGAAACUUCCUCAAUGCAAAGACUCUCAUCUUAUGGUGGUGGUUUCUAGGCUAAAAUCAAAGAUUUUAUCUAUUGAAUUAGAUUAUAUUGCAGCAUGGGACCAUAUACCAAUCCAUGUUGCAAGAGAAUUUAAACCAGAUAUAAUUCUAGUUUCAGUAGGAUUUGAUGCAGCUAUUGGUGAUCCUCUUGGAGGCUGUUGUAGUACACCGAUCCCUGUUGUAUUUUUAAACAACUAUGGGAGGUUCAGAAGAGGAAUUUAA